AUGGGGAGUUGCAUGACACCGAAGGAGAAUAUUGCUCUCAAGAAAUUUACCAAAAUCCAGAAUGCUUGCACGGAGCUGAGAAAUAGUAUGGAAAUCAUUUAUGAGAAUGCUUUGACCGAAGAUGAGUUGACUUCUCUUACUACGGGCUCAGAGAUUGAAAAGUUUAUCGCCUUUACACCUGCUUGUAUGAUCUCCACAUAUUUAGCAAACGCAAGGUCGUCUGUUGAUAUUGUCAAGAUUUGUGAUUACUACAAGUUCGACGAGAACAUUUGGAGUAGCACGGCAUUAAUCAAAGAGCCAAUUAUCACAAACCCUAUUUUAGAAUUCCUGGUCUUAGCUCACAAAAAAUUACAGAAGUCGAACACUGCCAAGAACAAUGAAUUACUACAGUUUGUUGGGGACAGCUGGCUGAAAAGUCUAAUUGCUUCUAUUUUGUAUAAAAAGUUUCCUCAUGCCAGUGCAAAGGCUCUCGAAAAGCUGAAGUCUGAUCUUUUAACCAAUGAAACCUUAGAUCUAUGGAGUGCCAACAACAGGUUGCUUAAAUCCUUACCUGACCUCGUCACAAAGAUGCAUCCCAAUGCAUCUGAAGAAGAAGUCCUGAAUUACCGUCGUUCCUGCUUCAAGGCUUAUAUUGGGGCACUAAUAUUGGACAGAUCUCAUCAUGAAUUAAACGAUGUCGUUUCUUGGCUGUCAUCCUUAUGCGAAACUAGAGUUGGAAUUCUCAAAGCCCAAAACUUGAGAGGCUUGUAUGCUAAGAACUUGAAGGAACAACUGGUUCAAUUUAUGGAGGGAAAUAAAUCGGAAAAACCUCUGAAAUUUAUCACAACGCACAUCGGUGCUUCCCAUUCCUGUAAGGUUGUGAUCGGCAGUACAGUGUUGGGAACUGCCCGUGGCGUGACUGCCGUUGAAGCUGAACGGAAGGCAGCUUCUAUUGUACUGGGUAACGUAGAACUGUUAACCAAGUACACGGUGUAUUCAGAUUCUGUUCCAAUCUACCAAAAGCCAUUAGCCUCGAACAAUUCUGAAAAUAGCGAGGAAAAGGCUGUCAUAGCCGAGUCCGAAGCGGUGAAAGAAAACGAAAACGCUGAGAACGAGAGAGCCAAAAUUUUCUCUCCAAUAGAUGACGAGAAAUUGACAGAGCAUAUUUUAAGCAAAUUGAGUGAAAGACUCGAGUCCAUGGUAUCGGAAAUAACUUUGAAGAUUCUACAAGAAAAAAAUAUCAGCAGUCCAGACAAUAAUGAAAACUCCACCAAACCUGUACCAGAUGCUCCAAUUGCAACCGUUUCCACCGAAAAUACAGAGAAUGGCUCCGUAUCCGAACUUCAUGCUGAACAAAAGGAACCUGUUGAUGAUUUGAUGGAACCCAAUUUCUCUGUUGCUAUGGAAUCAGAAGAACCAGCCGAAAAUUUGAUUUCAAAGGGACUAGACUUUGCUUCGAAUAACCCUGCGACUCUGUUUAACAAAGUUAAACAACCGGAGGUAAGCACUAAACCAGUUGAAAAAAGGGAAUUUUCGGAUGCUACCACAUAUCAUAAUCGAACCCACCUUAACUCUUUCAUUCCUGACCGUAAGUUAUCGACUCCUCCAAUGGAUGAGCCCGUUAACAACAGCAACCCACACCAACAUAUUGCGAUUCCACCGUUGCCUGCUAUGAUUGAAAGAAAGGCGACAGAUGCAGCUCACGUCAAAGAGGAAGUAGUGGCUCAAAAAAGUGCCGAAACAAAUGACCAUCAGAGUCCGGUAGUUAGCCGUCAAUAUGAACAUGCAGCUGAACAUCCACAGUCCAAUGCUAGUCUCACUGGAGCGAGCAAGCUACCAUUACAACACCAAUUUGAUAAAACUGCCAAAGCACAAGUAUACGGUGCCGUGGGACGGCUUAAUAUGUUUCCAGAGUAUGUGACUGUCCAGCUGGGCGUAAACGACUUCUACUCUUGUUGCAGCAUCAAGGGUGAACCCGAUUCCUUAAUGGGUGAAGGACGGGGAUUCUCCAAGAAAAUAGCCGAACAAGUAGCCGCUGGUGCAGCUCUACAGAGCGACAAAUGGAGGAUACUGAGCGAGAAGAAAAAGAAAGCAGCUGCAGCAUUGUUUGGCGUUGAUAUACUAGAAGACACUACCGACGAUCCAAUGAAAACGGGCAACAAGAAUGAAGUGGACCAUUAUAAACAUUUCCAGCCUGAGCCAGAGCCCGAAGUUGAAAAACCUAUUGUACACACGAGUUGUGACAAGACGGCAAUGGGCAGAUUGCAAGCACUUUUAGGGGAAGCUGGAUUUAUUCCGGAAUACAAGACUAGAAUGCUAGCCCCCAGCCAUUUUUACAGUACAUGUAAUGUCAGAGGCACGAGUGUCUUGCUUGCUGAAGGCCAUGGUCUGACUAAGUUAGUCUCUCAACAGAUUGCAGCGGAAAAUGCUAUGUUUAACAGUUCUAUCGACGAAUUUUUGGAGGACUGA